UAUUACUAGUACUCACCUUUUGGCUUUUGCCAAACAAGACGCUAGUAAUCUCACCUUCUCACCAACCUUUGGUCACCGCAUUUCUAGGUCAUCACCAACCUGGGCCCUACGAAAUUCUCCCAAAGAAGGGACUUUUAUGUGCUCACUAUGCCCAACUGAGUUCCCGUCCCAAAGUUUUUGAAGUCCCGCACAAUCCAUUCAUCCAUCUCCACCCAGAUUUGAAGCUUCUUUUCUGCAGCAGCAAGGGAAAAUGUCGUGCGAUGGAAUUCUUCUGGGGAUGGGAAACCCCCUCCUCGACAUUUCUGCCGUCGUCGACCAUGAUUUCUUGAACAAGUACGAAGUCAAGUUGAACGAUGCAAUUCUGGCGGAUGAAAAGCACUUGCCUAUGUAUGAAGAAAUGACUUCUAAGUACAAUGUUGAGUACAUUGCUGGAGGUGCUACUCAAAAUUCAAUCAGGGUUGCUCAGUGGAUACUUCAAAAACCAGGUGCAACCAGUUUCAUGGGUUGCAUUGGAAAGGACAAGUUUGGGGAGGAGAUGAAGAAGAAUGCAAAAGAUUCUGGUGUUAAUGUUCACUAUUAUGAGCAUGAAACAACUGCAACAGGUACUUGUGCUGUCUGUGUCAUUGAUGGUGAGAGGUCACUCAUUGCCAACUUGUCUGCUGCAAAUUGCUACAAGCCUGAUCAUUUGAAAAAACCCGAAAAUUGGGCUUUGGUUGAGAAGGCCAAGUACUACUACAUUGCUGGAUUCUUCCUCACUGUUUCCCCCGAAUCAAUUCAGCUUGUUGCAGAGCAUGCAGCUGCCAACAACAAGGUGUUCACGACAAACCUUUCUGCUCCAUUUAUUUGCGAGUUUUUCCGGGAUGCACAAGAGAAGGCUCUGCAGUAUGCGGACUACGUCUUUGGAAAUGAGACAGAAGCAAGAACUUUCUCUAAAGUUCAUGGUUGGGAGACUGAUAAUGUUGAAGAAAUAGCUUUGAAGAUUUCGCAGUGGCCUAAGGCAUCCGGAACUCACAAGAGGAUCACUGUCAUCACUCAGGGUGCAGAUCCAGUUGUCGUGGCCGAGGACGGGAAAGUAAAACUGUUUCCUGUCAUAUUGUUGCCAAAAGAAAAACUCAUUGACACCAAUGGUGCAGGUGAUGCAUUUGUGGGAGGGUUCCUGUCACAGUUGGUCCAGGAGAAACCGAUCGCAGAUUGCAUCCGAGCAGCUUGUUACGCCGCCAAUGUCAUCAUCCAGAGGCCCGGCUGCACCUACCCCGAGAAGCCCGACUUCGAAUAAAUUACGCAAUUCUUUUUUUCCCCCUCUAGCCACACCCCUUUUCCUUCUUGAUUCUUGAGAAAGAUUCAUUGAGGGGUGAUAAUAGUCUUCUUCUUCUGAUGAUGAAGGAACAAAGCUGGCAAUAGUAAAAAUAAUUCUAAGUGUGUUUUGGAUUAUCUCCACGAAUUUGUGUUUUUUAUUAAAAAAAAAUACAUUUUUCGUUUGUAUUUUGCAGUUUUUUAAUGCAUUGUUAUGGUAAUGAUACUCUAUAAUCCGUAUUAUAUUGUGAGUGUUUUUCUGUGCUUA